UGUUGACCUCAACCAUCCUGGUACCGUCUGAUGCAUGAUUUUCUCGCUUAGCCACUGCACUAACAAGAUAAGUACUAGACCUUUUCACGGCCCAAUCCAUCUGCUGAUCCCACCCAAUCGACCGUAGUCAUCCAAGUAAGUGCUAUUUACGGCGCAUAUAUGCACACAUUUCGAACAUUCUCACUACCAUUGUCCCUAUUAUCGACACGUCCAGCGGCUUCAACAGAUACACCGUUACAAGACAGUCGAUUGAAACACGAGAACGAGGCAGUUGUCAUUUUAAGGACUCCCAUGUACCAGAAGCUGAUGGGCUACGUCAUCCUGACGCAUGGGUGGGGGUGCCAGUGGUAUAUAGAGUACACUUUCAUUGCAUUUGUAAUUUUUUCGCAAUACAAUUGUUUUUGGUCGAUUUGGGUUGAUGUGCGAAUAUGCAAAAGGUCAAUUGGGAGCUACUACAAUAUACUAGAAUCUACGCUACGCAAACACGCUCGAUUCUGCAAUAUCUCGCUCGAUGCGAGUCGCUGA